UUGGAUUUUGGGGGCAGUGCUAAAUUCAAAUCUGCCCUGUUUUAACACACGCCUCGUUUUGCUCUGCCAGUCUGCUAUAUAGCUAUUACUGAGAGGAUGAACACACAUGAAGACAGCAUAUUGGAUUAAAAAAAAAAGUAACUGUGUUAAGUUUGAGGAAAUAUGAUGUGUCUCAGUAGAAAUGAUGGAUGCAAUAGACUCCAUUGAUCCAUACAGCCGUCCGGCGCGCAGGACACAAUGGAUAGUCAGCACUCUGGCUUACCAUUACGGACUGGACCGGGGAGUGGAGAACGAAAUUAUAGUUUUGGCUACCGGGUUGGAUCAAUACCUACAGGAGAUUUUCCAUCACAUGGACUAUCAAGGUGGAGGCAAAAUUCCUGUGGAGGAUUUUAACAUCUUGUGUGAAGUUCUGGGACUGAACAAAGACUCGGAGGACACAGAAUGCACCGGCGUUUUAGACAAUUUACCCAGCGAGCUCACAUUCAGGCACUUCCACGCCAAACUGUGCGGAUUCUUUAGCACCAAGGCGGGGUGUCAGUAUGAGAACGGUCGGCUGCUGGUCGGGAAGGACAGCGAGCAUAUCGAGACUCAGAUCCGCCUCAGAAGCCCCCUGAGGCGGCGAGAGAAGCUGCUGUGUGUGGGUGUGAGCGGAGACUUGGAGCCCUCCUCGGAGGGACGGCACGCCUCCGGCUGCAGGCUCGGAUCCUGCACCAAGGAGUGCUAUGAGGAGAUAGUGGCGCUGGAGGAAGCGGAGGACCGAAUAGCGAAACUGGAAGAUGAGAAUGCAAGUUUGAGGGAGCUGAUUGAGGACAUGCGAGCCGCACUUCAGAGCAGUGAUGCCCGGUGUCUGGCUCUGCAGGUAGGACUAUGGAAAAGUCACUCCAAACAUAAACCAGAGGAAGGCUGUUUUACUGCCCGGCAGAAACAAGAGGCCCAGAAAAGUUUGAGCAACACCAAGUCGAAAAGCAGCACCUACGGCAACCUGAAAAGCCUGCAGAACAUCAUCCACGAGAUAGAGCUGCUGCGGAGCUCCAGCGACCGACAGGUAGAGGAGGCCAUGCUGUGUAAUGAGAGACUGGAGCAGGAGCUGUGGAGCUCCAAGGAGACUGUGGCUGCUCUAGAGGACUGCAACCGAGCCCUGAAGAGGGAGCAGGUGGGCAUGAGGAGGAAGGUGGAGGAGGCCAGGCAGGCGCUGCUCAGCGGCCUGGGGAAGGUGAAGGAACUGGAAGCCAAGGCCAGUCAUGUGCCGGCACUGCAGAGGCACAUCCUCCAGCUGGAAUCAGAGCUCCUCUACUACAGGUCCGAGGUGUCGAAACUACAACUCCCAAGCAACACUAGGGCAGAGCAGCAGCUGAGUGUUGUCAGCAGGCGGGCGCAGAGAUGUUGCUCGGACUCCCAACAUGGCCGCUGUUCUCCGACAGGGCGAGCUGUGACCACCCCUGAUAAAAUGGAGGAGCAGCUGUUUCGUUCAGUGGAGGGCCAGGCAGCGUCCGACGAGGAAGAGGAUAAGUGGACCGACGAUCAGCAAAAGCAGGUGGACGAGGUGAAGAGGAUCUUGACAAGGCUGUCCUGCUGUGGGGAAAGGUGCGACGACAAGGCGUUCAAGAAGCUGAUGUCUAAUUUUGGGAGCUCGAGGAGCGAGGAGAGCUGCAGCGCUGUGGUGGAGCUCCUGGAGAGGGUGACCAGGCUGCAUAAGCAGCUGGAGCUGAAGGAAAGCCAGGCAGGGAUAGACAUGGACCAGAUGAAGGACUCCCUGGUGCAGGAGCUGCAGCAGAAGGCCGAGGAGACUGAGCUGCUUCAGAUGGAGCUGCAGAUGCUGGAGACAGAGAGGGUUCGCCUGUCGUUGGUGGAGGAGAAACUUGUGGACAUCCUGCAGCUGCUCCAGCAGCUCAGAGACCUGAACGUCUCACGGAGGUCUCUUGGGAAAAUCUUGCUCAGCACUUUGGGGUCCUGCAGUGACCCGCAACACGGGAAAGCCCACAUUCUGGAGGUGCUCAACGCUCUCUAUCACGAACUGGCUGCCUGUGAGAUUCUGUCUACCGGUGGACCUUUGGAGCGAACACAGAGUCAGCAGUCCCUGAACGCCCUCAUCAUCUCCUGCUAAUCGCCACUGCCUCCUGCUGGGCCGGUGAUGCUCCAACAGCCUUGUGAGAACACUGAAAGCUUAACAGUGGUCGAAAAACAAGCUGAUGGAUGUGUAUAGUGUAAUUAUAUUGUAGUUUAUAUACUCCUCGGACCCUAUUAUCUAUAGAGGAAUAGUAGUCUAGAAUGUUAAUUACUAUAGCAAAGGGCUUUAUUAGAUAUUAAGGAAAUUCGUGCAUACAUGUUUUUUUCAAGAAUUGCACAUAACUCUUUUGUGAUCCAAUAUAGAUUUUUUUUUAAUUUGUUGCCACAACAGAGUUCUGAAUGUGAAAAGGUUGAAAUAAGCUAAACCUUAAAGGGGCAUGAAGUAGUCUGUGAAAUGUAUGGACUGCAACUGGUCAACAACAUCCCUGAGAGAAUUUAUAGAAUUGAAAGGAAACUGCUGCAGUAGUAUUGCAUAGCAAGCUAGUCCACACAGCAUUCUGGGAUGGGAGAAAAACAUGCUCUGGUUUAUUGGCAUUUCUUUAAACCAAUC